AUGAGGACUUUACUGUUUAUGCUGUUUGUUACAACAGUGGAGACUCAAAUCUCUACCACAAAAGACACCCCUCAUUUGCGGUCGGUUUUACCAUGGAAGGCUCCCGAAGACGCCGAAAUACAAGGUAAGUCAAUGAAAAAAAAACAUAAGGUAAGUAUAAAAUUAUAUGCCUUUAUCUUUAUGGCCGGUAGCCGGUCAAGCUUUUCAAAACACUAAAUGACCAGCAGUCCGAUAUUUUUAAAAAAAUUGACAAUUCAAAGAAUCCUAGCCGAUCCAAACUGUAACAUAUAUCAAUUAAGAAAAUUCAAUCGAUCCUGAAAUGCUAUACAGAUCUGAAGUGUAGCGCUUGAUCCACGCUGGGUUCAGAAAACGAAAACCGUGUUCUGUUACAUUUAGUUUUUCAUCGAAUGCUGACCAAAAACACUAAUUAAGUGACUAGCCUCCCACGCAGACGUUCUUUUGCAUCGUCAUGCAAGUAAUCCCCUACCUCUCGUCUGCGUGGGAGGCUACUAAGUGACUAGAAGUCCGAUAUCUUGACCAAUUUGAGUAUUCAAAGAAACAGUAACUCUGGAAUGUUUAUGUGCAUUCCUUGGGUGAAAAUCGUUCAACCUAUGUCGUUUGAUACCUAAGAUUUAAUACAGAUAGCUCCGAGAAUCGAGAACUUGUUGUCUCCUCAUCUGUAAAGAGUUAGCGCAAAAAUUUUGAGCACGUCAAACAAGUCACCCAACUAAUGGUCAAUAAAGUGUUACACCGGAAGGUGAAGAAUAUUAUUCUCUCUACCUUAAUGAGGGACACCCAACGACGGUUUUCUGUAAAAUAUCUGUUCGGUCGGAAGCAGAUAUUGCCUAUAAUUUUCUAUAGCUUGAGGACGACUAAAAAUUUCUAAAUCAUCGUUCCAUUCAUGUACAAUUUUCUACACCUACCUAAUAAAUUUCCUACGAUUUUCUGAAGUUUAAUUUUUCACAUUUCACUGCCCAGGUUAGGCUACUUUUCUUACAAAAAAGAAACCUAAAAUUUGGGGAUUGGAAAAUGUGAUGGAGAGAGGAAUCAGAAUGAUACUGAAAAGAAAACAAGCUGGAAAAGGACAAAAGAAGUGUAUAAGCAAGCAUGGCCUGAACGGAAAAAAUCUUUGAAUUAAAAGAUUUAACCAUAUUCAGAACAGGGGUCUUGAGGCCUCUCCCUUGUUAAAAAGUUAAAUAACUUCAAAACCGUUCAAGCUUUGACCUCCAGAUUUAACGACUUUUCAUGAAAUUUAACUGGGGACAUUUUAAAGUCGUCGUGACGUCUACGUCAACAACCGAAUUUUGACAACCAUGUUUAAUUUUUUUAAUUCGCAUUUUUUCGCGUUUAUUUUUAUUUUACUUAUUGAAUUCCUAUAUUACACUAAAUUUAGCAUUAUUUUAUCAAAUUUAUUAUAACUGCUACUGUUCUCCAGGCUAUUUGGUGACUAAUUUGGGAAAAGUAUGAAUUAAAAUGACCCGCAAAUGACAGUAAGUUCAAUUUUCUUUCGGAAGUUCAUACUUUACAGUUUCUUUUGCUUCCUAAGCAUCCUUUUAUACACAGAUAAAAUUCCCUAUCACGAUUACCUCGAUUUGUAUGGGUUUUAAGCAAAAUAAAAUACAUUUAUUAAAUUAAUUCAGAAUUGCUAAUCCAAAAUAGCGGAUGGGUUUAGUUCUUUCUUAAAUGACGUCAUCGUGUCAUCACUGCUAUUAUUAAAUUUUAAUAUUGUACUGUGUUCAGUAGCCAACUCUUGAUUUUAUCAGACACCUUACUAUUAAAGUAUUUUUCGCUUUAUGGCUACUUUGAAGGGAAUUUGGAUUCUGUCAGUAAAUUCAACAAUAUGGCGUGAAUGACGUCAAAUUAUGUCAUUGUGUUAAUCAAGCUACGUUUAAAUGUUGGAAAUGAUAAGUACAUUAUUUUGUGUAAUAUUAGUGGCCUUAUCAUGAACAGUUUUGAAUUUAUAGAGGGGUAGGGUCUGAAAAGGGUUAAAGAGGAACCUUUUGGGUUCUUUAUAUAAUCAACGUGUUUUGUGCUGGGGAAUUCUUCUAAAAAUACCUCAAAUCGAUGAGCAGUGCACCUCAGCUUGCGAUAGGAUCAUCCGCUAAUGGUCAGCGGAUGCUCCACUUUGACAGCUGUCAACUGACUUGGAAACGUCGGUUUUCACUUUAAUAACAAGCAAGGCAACAAGGCUGAUACUGCGAUCCUAAAACAAAUAAGUUUUCAAGGCAUCAACAUGACACAAAAAACUCUCAAGAACGAGGCAUUCACCUGCAAGACAGAUUACUCAUUUGAACUCAUCGGGUGCAGAUGGCUGAUAGAAUUACAUAAACUGACUUCAGAAUCUCUGUUGAAGGCUAUCCCAGCUUGGAAAAAAACAAAAUGAACAUUCCAUAUCACGUGUCUUCCACAAUUCAUCAACAGUGUCAUGUUGAUGUCUCGGAAUAAAUGACAUGCCAUAACAUGAAGCAGUCAGUCUGUUUGUCUCACGGUCACGUUACAGCCAAAAUUUCUUGGAUGGAUACACUACCAGAUUUUCGUAAUUAGCGUAGCUCUACUUUUAUACUUAAUUGCGUUGCCACUGUAUAUUCCCAACAGCGCCAGAAGCAUUUCUGUUGUAUUCAAAUCGUAAAGAUAUCAGGAGAGUCUCCCUGGACACCAAUAAUGAUUCAUUGAUUCCCUUGGUCGGUGUCAAAGAGGCAUAUGCUCUAGACUUCAAUGUACAGGAGAUGCAAAUCUACUGGACAGAUACAUCCCUCAGGUCUAUAAACAGAGCUUUCCUCAAUGGAAGCCAAAUUGAGCACUUGAUUGUUGUAGACGUGCCUCACCCUGAUGGUUUGGCUGUGGACUGGAUAGCCAAAAACCUGUACUGGACAGACUCUAAACACCAGAGAAUAGAGGUGGCAAGACUUAAUGGACAGCACAGGAAGAUGUUGAUUUGGAGAGACUUGUGGAAGCCGCGUGAACUUACUGUCAAUCCAGUAUCGGGGUAGGCGUGCAAAGGACAAAUAAAAUUUCUCGAUGAAUCCUUUACAGAGUUUUCUUGCUGAAUUUUUUUAAGACACAAAUUUGAAACCACACAGUGCGUAGAUUUAAAGUUAAAUUUCCCAGGCUGUUGUGAUAAUGAAGGUCAAUUCUCAGUCUGCAAGUUUAAAGCUUUGCUCACCCUGAUGUUAACUUUCACCAAAAGAAACUAAGAGCCCAAGUUCAAUUGAAAGUCGAGGGUGCAUUGAAGAAUACCCUACGCAACUACUGACUUCAUGUCGCAGGAAUUGUUUGUUUAAUAUUUACAAAAAAUCAUAAGUCUAUUUGAAUAAAGAAUCUAGCAUUUUAUUCAGUGCCAGCCACCCCUUCAAUUUAUGAUAUGAAAAUUGGUACUUUUUUAGCAAUACUGAAAACAUUCCAACGUUUUCUACUGAAUUUCUCAAAUACCUGCUUUGUUUGUGUAAUGGCAGGUUUGAUUAAGGUCUUUCUUAUUUGUGCAAUAGACAUAUGUACUGGGCAAAUGGUGGAAGGGAGCCAACAAUAGAAAGAGCAGACUUGGAUGGCUCCAACAGACACACCAUGAUUGGCAAUGUCACACGUCCAACUGGCUUGACAAUUGACUAUUCAUUAGGGCUCAUUUUCUGGGCUGAUAUUGAGAACCAGGUUAUUGAGUGUGCAAACUUAGAUGGAACAAACCGUCGAGUAGUUGCGUCAGGUCUUCCAAAGCCUUUUGCCUUAACACAGUACAAGGAUUAUAUUUAUUGGACUGACCAUGCGCUUAACUCGAUCUAUCGUGCCAACAAGACAAAUGGAUUGGACCAGACAAGAAUCAAAUCCCACACUGACGACAUUACGGAUAUUCUAGUGUUUCACAGCAGUAGGAGGCAAGAAGGUUUGUGUAUAAUAAUUUUUUCUGUUACUGUUAUCCCUACAAGCCCAAACAUAAUUGUAUAUUUUCUACACACUGCUGUCUCUAUAUAUUUCCUGUGGUACUGAAUUUGUAGGACAACCAUGACCAUUAUUUUAACCUGAUGUAUGUAUGUCGAUACGAAAGGUACAAAUGUAUGUAGGUUUGAAGAUAGAGUUUGAUUAGUACAUGUACAUGAAGGCAACUUGAUUUAGCAAGGGUCGUCCUCAACCUACUCUGAAGUAACAGUAAUCGCGAUUAAUAAAGUGCACAUGAGAUUCCAGAUAUUGCGUGAUAAUGCAUGUUUUGGCAAUUGGGAAAAUGUGUGAUGGAAAUUGAAAGCAGAUCUGUAUUGAAAUGAAUUUACAACCUUAAAUACAGAUAGUAAACAGCAUGUGUAAAAAAUGAUGAUACUUCAAAAUUAAAAGACUAAGGAGAAUGCAAAAGGAUUGAUGUAAUGGAAGCUUCUGUACUAGAACUGGAUCUCAUAUCAAGUACUGCACUAUUACAUGUAAAUGAACAGAAAUUUUAUGAUGUGUUUAAAGAAGAAUCACGUGAAGAUAAUGCACGUUUAAUUUUGUUUUAAUUCAGGAAUCAUCAUUUUUAAACUUUUUGCUAUUUUCUUUUGAUGGUGUUUCCAAAGGACUUAAAAGGCGUUUUGUGCCUAAAUUGUACCUUAGACAACCUCUCUGUAAUCAAGAGUUAAAAGAAGUUGUUUCCAGUUGAUUUUGGACCUUGUUUGGUGAGCUUUGCCUAACAUGUUUGCUUGUUUAUUUAGGAUGGAAUUCCUGUGCCAGGCAUAAUGGCGGAUGCAGCCAUCUUUGCCUGGCUAAACCGGGCAAACGAAUGGUGUGUUCCUGCCCAACUCACUACACCCUGUCGUCAACAGACGAUCAGACUUGCAAUGGUUAGUAUUCUCCAACGUGAAAACGGUUUGUCACUGACAAUUAAAGAGAAUCCCUAUUUCUAAAGCUCUGAGUUGCCCAAAUCUCCAAACCGAUAUUGUUUUCAUUCCCAACUCACGUUCCGUUAUAAAUAGUACAAGACAAACAUUAUUGCUCGAGUCAUAGAAAGUUUACAUUACGCAAUAAAAGAUCAUUACAGCAUGUACCUUUAAAUAAGUUUGUUACAAAAAGGAGGAAACUUGAAUGAAGAAUGGAAAGGAGAGGGGCACGUCUAAGUCAACCAAUGUUGUGUCCCUAAAAUAACGUAAUAUACCACAUAACAUCGCGACUUUAUCGACCAGUCAGGUCAAUAUUUAGAGUUAAAUAUCGCAGAAUUCCGAUAAUAACGGCCCCCGUUAUUUUCGGAUUUAGCAGGCCAAAGGGGCCGUUACUUUCGGGUAGCCGUUACUUUCGGAUGGUUAGAAAACAUUUGUAAAUCAGCAGUGGUUUUACACCAAGAGGACGCACAACAGACAUAAAACAGGUCAUUCAGGUUGCAGGCUGGUUACGGUAUUCAUUAUCCAUGUAAGCAAAGUAAACUGUAACAAAAAAGGCUCAAAUGUUCGUAUACUAUACGUCGAAAAUAAUGUUCGUAUUAUACGACAACUGUGAUGACAAAUACAGCUCUUAUCUAUUUUUACGCGUUUUAGUUACUAUGUUACCCGUAUCCUAUGUUUAUGAAAAUACGGUACACCACUAAAAUAGGAAAAUAUUGUGUGGUAUGUUUUGUAAAUUAAGUAGGAAAAUAUUAUUCGACCACUACCUACUUGUAAUUGCAACCACAUACCACACCUCUUGAAAUGUUACAUGAACGGUACAAAAAUUAUAUAUAUAUUUUUUGAGUGGUCAUUUUUUCAGGGGCUGCUAUUUUCGGGGAAGCCGUUACUUUCGGGGUUUAAUAGCAAGGUAAAAGAUUAACGUUACUUUCGGGUAACCGUUAUUUUCGGGAGAGAAUUCUACGGUACCAUCAACUGACUUGAUACAACUCACUCAUCUGAAACAUACAUGUAGGUUGUCAAAACGUCUGUCACUGUCAACAACAGUCCUGUUGAGGACUAUACAAACCUGGACAAUCAUGCGCCACUUACUUCCAAAAAUGACUCCUGGGUUAAGACCUUUUACAUUAAUACGGACUUGACUUCUUUACACCUCACUGCGGUAUCUGUAAAUUUAUUUCAUCCCAAUGUUUCAAACUACGUCAUGUAGAAAUGUAAUGAACGUUACUGUUAUCCCUAUGAUGGCAGGAUCAAACUCUUUCAAUCCUUCUCGUAUUUUUUUUACAGCUCCUCGAGUAUUCAUGCUCUUCAGCACCACAACUGACAUUCGGAGAGUCCUAUUCAACUCAUCAGACAACCUAGAAGUCGUUUUACCUGUGCGUGGUCUGACGGAUGUAGUUUUUCAAGUGAGAUAUUUAGUGGGCCGGGUAUUCUGCAAUCGCUAUUUCUUUCCACAUAAACCAAUAAAAAAAUUGAUUCUUAUCAUUUUUGACCCUUUUCAGACAAAUGUUCUUUACCAAUGA